UGAACCUGGUAUAAGUGAAAUUACAUAAUAACUAUAGUAGUUGGUAACAAUGCACUUUCUACACUUCAGCUUAAGUAAAGUAGACCAUGUUUUAGCAAAAGAAGUGUUAAGUGUACGUGGAAACUACUUGAAAAAUUGUUUCAUAAUGAGUUUUUGAGAUUUAAAUACCUAGAAGUGACUGAAAUUCUGUUGUCAUCUAUUGUAAAUGACCUUGUGCUGACUGAAUGCGGCUACUUGUGCGUCGUCGCUACAAUGGAGUCUUUACUUGAUUUAAUUCAAUCUCUUGAGUCAGGAUUAACGGAUACGAAAAUUACAUCACAAAAAGAUUCCAUAGAAACUCUCAUUACGGGUAUAAAAAGUAUUCCACUUUCGAAUAUCACAUCCAAAGAGAUCGAUCACCUUAUUGAUUUUCUAUCGGAUCGUUUGGCACUUGCUGAUCCAAAUAUUACAAAUUUAAUUCUUGAUGGAUUUAUAUGGUUGACAAAAUCUACAUGGUCUAACGGUUGUAGCAUGGUCAAUCCAGAACAAGCUAAACGGAUUGUUCAGGAUGGAAUAUUUGGUCAUUUAACAAUACAGAAUUUAAUCAAAUCUGGAAGGCUGAAAGUUUUUCAGUUACUACAUUGCUUUUUAACUGGAUCUCAGCUAAAUGGUAUCCAGUCAAUGGAAUCUAAUUUUAUUCAGAAGUAUUUAAUAGCUACUGAUGAAGAAAAAGAUCCACAAAUUUUACAUCUGAUUUUUCGUAUGAAUGUAAUCAUUAUUAGAGAGUUUCCUUCAGUAAUCGAGUUCAAGGAUGAAUUAUUUGAAACAAUAUCAGUUUAUUUUCCUAUCGACUUUUCACCGCCUCCAGGUGGUGGUAUCUCUGGAGUUACGCGUGAUUUGCUAGCGUCGAGCUUGCACCAAUGUUUAUUUUCUAUGAGAAAUAUAACUGGUCAUAAUCUUAUACCACUUAUUUGCGAAAAAAUUGAUUCACAAUGGCCCAGUGGUCAGUUGGAUGCUUUAUGCUUAUUCAAUGAUUGUUUACAUGGGAAACUUCAACGUUCAGAUGGUGAUAAUGAUAUCAAUCAUGUCUUGUUCUCCGAUAGGAAUCCAAUCGAUAUACGUCACAUUUCUCCUUAUCUUGGUAUAAUUAUUCCUACAUUAAUUCAAAUUGCGGACAAAUUCGGAAAACAAAGAGAUAACAAUGAUUUGUAUGCUCUUUGUUUAUCUUGUAUCUCAGGUCUUGUCCAUGCCUAUUCUCUACAGACCAAUUAUAAAUCUCAGUUGGAGGACUUUACAGUAAUCUUGUUGAGAAGUUUUGGACUUUCACCUAACCAACGUCAACCACCAAUAAUAAGUCCUCAUGGUGUUAUUGUUGAUUAUAUUACUGAAAGUUUUAAAUCAGCUCAGACUAGUUCUUUAUUAUUAUCUAUUUUAUUCAACUACACGAUUCCACAUUUAUGUGUUCCACUUUUGUCAAAUUCUUAUACUAAUUCCAAUGAUCAUCUUGGAAUUGCCGAGGAAACUAAACUUAAUAUUGAUGAACUAGUUAAUUGGCAGUCGUGUAUUUCUUUAUUGGAUAAAAUUUUCCAGAAUAUUAAUGAAGAAAAUUUAAUGAAUGCUCUGCAUUAUGAUGAGAAAACACUUGGAACACUAAACAGUUUAAAAAUGAAUAUAUAUUUAAUCAUAAACAAGUUACAAGAAUGUUCAGGGAAUUCAGUUAAUCUGUUGAAACAUUCUUCUGUUUCAAAGUUGUCCGAUGAAAAAAGGAUAUAUUUUUCAGUAUGCCUUUGUCGUUUAUUUUAUUCAUUAACAAGAUUUACGAGUAGAAGUGAUUUAUCUUCAUCUGUUAACGGAAACUCAACCAUUUUAUUCGAUAACAGUUCAUCAUCGUACUCAAGUUAUGUCGACUCAAUUUUCAAUACAAUCCGCUCAACGUUUCAAUGGUUGGAUAAAAUUUCUUUAACAAAUAAUGAUAAUCAGUUGGUGGAUUCUGAAGUUUUAAAAUCUAUAAGAGAUGAAUUACUUUCAUUCAUUCCGAUUAUUUAUAAUUCGUGCGAUCUAUUUAUUUGCAAACUAGACCAAUUUCUUUUCGACUAUCUCAAAGAUUGUCAACUGGAACAAAUUACAUUAAAUACUUCGAAUAACUUUACAAUGGACAUUCUCAAAUAUUGUUCAUGUAAAAAUUUAAGUUUACUGCAGAAAACAAUUAAAUUUAUUCUUGAAAAGUUUAAUAAUAAUGAUAUGUUAAUGGACUCUGAAAACGUUAACCUUGUCAGUCUUCAAUAUUGGGCCAAACUCUUCACUUCAUUAUUAUAUUUUAUCUGUGAAUAUUUGAUUGAAAAUUCUAUUAAUGAUAAUACUGAUUUAGUAAAACCAUCUUCAAUUCAUUCAUACUUAUUUGACUUAUGUCAAAAUGUUAAAUAUUUCGUAAAUAUUAUCCAUCAUUACUAUGGCAAUUCAAUGAUAAGUGAUAAUUCUCAAAAUGAAUCUAUACUCAAUGAAAUCAAUAAAUUGAAUUUCAUCUUUCGAACUAUCACAAGUCAAUGUAAUUUAUCUGAACAAACAAAACUUUUUCAAAUUUAUAAACAUUACUUUGAUCAAACGGAUCGUAAUCGCCUCAAGACGUAUCCUGUAACUCUUGGAUUGUUUGCAAUCCUAUGUGGAAUUAUUGGUGGAUUAAGACCGGAGUUUGUAAACUCUGAAAAUCCAGUUCAACUGUUGAAUUGGAUUAUGGAUAAUAUCCAAAAUAUUCUAUGUACAUCUUCUGCUGCCCCCACUGUCACUAACACCAUCAAUAACCCUUCAGUGCCAUCAUCUGUUGUAUUCUGUUAUUCAACAACCAUGUUGUCAUCUAUUGCUCAAACAUAUGCUUCUGUAUUGAAUAAAUCAAAUGAUACUUUUGCAUUAGAUAUUACUAAUCAUUUGUCCACUAGUCUAAACUACUUUUGGUCAAUAACAGGACAGAAUAAUUCUGUUGAUUUGCAUACAUUCAUUUGUUUUUGGCUUUUAUGGUCGAUUCGCGGUCUAUUGGCUACAUUGAAUGUUAGUCUUCAUGGUGGUAAUAAUGUUGACAAUAAUAACAAUGAUUAUUAUCAUAGAAAGUGGUGUGACUCUCUUAUACAGUCAAUUUUUCUUGAUUUUAACACAACUAAUCACGAUGAUGGUGAUGAUAAUUGGAUUUGCACUUUUGAGAAGAGUUUAUCAUCAUCACAUCGUCGUAUUCUCUGUUCAGUCGAUUGUUUUAAACAAGCUGAUCAAAUACUUUUAGACUUAGGGAUGAAAUCAAUUGAUUGUUGUUUAAAUAGCUUCAAUCAUUGUCGUAUUACAGAUUCAUAUAUUCCAAAUGUUUUGGAGUGUAUUCAUGAACCUGUUUAUAAUCUAAUUCAUUUAUUGAUCAAUGUAACUAGACUUCAAUCACUAGAUUUUGAAAAAAGUAUCUUGUUCAAAUCGUUUCGAAACUCAAUAGUAAGGUUUUAUUUGAAUAUGACUGUUCGAUUGCCUAAUGAAUAUCUCACUGAUCAGUCAGUAAAUAAAAUAAUACCAUCUGCUUUGUUCGCCAUCACAUCAUCUAAUCUUCACUGUCAAUUAGCUGGUUUGAAGUUUAUAUCAAUAAUCUUCAGUGAUAAUUUGACAAAAAACCUUGAAUUACGCAAGAUUAUCUCAGAAAAUCAAGCUGAUGAUCUAUUGGAGAAAUUGCCAAAACUAAUCCAUUUCUCCAAUAGUGACCAGGUUUGUUCUAGUUGUCUUUCUUUACUAAUUUUCUUUAUCCGUUUAUUACCUUGUUGCAGAUGAGACGAGUUUCAACAGGACAUUUUUAGCUGUCGUUUGAAUGAGACUAGUUUGAUUUCAUUAGAAAAAUUAGCUUUUUGUGAUAGUCCAAUCACAUAGUAUGUAUGUGUGACCAUUUUAGUUACCUUCUAACCGCCAGAGGGAAAGUCCAUUCUAUAUUACUUCGUAUUUAUAAAACAAAGCCUUCAAAGACUGGUAAUAUACGUACGCUGUAAGUAUUCGCUCAUCGAUGCCUUCAAACCAUCGCGUACGUAUUAAUAAAACCACUUAACAUAUAACUUUGAGGUUAUUUGUACGGUUUCAAGUGAAGAAGCUAUAAAUCGUUAAUAUUUUGAACAUUUGAUACUGUAAUGUUUGGUCAGGAAAAUGAACAAAAUAUCAAUAUUUUAACUUGUUCACGUUUAAUUAUCGCUCGUUGUCUGUGCAGCAUUAUAAAAUUAUUUCCGGAACAAUUGAUUAAUCGUCAUCGUGAUGUAAAUAUUCUACCAUUGUUAGAUCAAUUAGUUGAUGAUCCCAAUCGAUAUGUACGUAUUGAAGCAGUUCAAGCAAGAAAUUUAUGGUUGAUCUGAUUAUUUGAUUUACUUAUUGAAUUACUGAUAAAUUAUAAAAUCCUAACACGAUAUAUAUGGUUACUUGAUAAAUUACAUCAAUGUAUAUAGAAAUAUAUUCAUUUAUAUUUUUCAGAUAAUUAGUUUUCUAAACUGUUCUGUUACUUUAAUUUGAAGUAUAUAUAUAGUUCAGAGAUGUAGAUGGUUGACUUACAACAAUCAACUUCCACUGUUUUUAAUCAACUGUAUUUAACUCAAAUAUUGAAUAAUAUUGUAACUGUGCUCUACUCACGCUCGAUACUGUUAAACUUUGAAUUUAUUGGGGUCUACAGUAAUUCCUAGUAAUGAAUGAUUAGAAUUCUUCUAAUGCGAACUCCAUAGCCUGGAUGACUGACCUGUAUCAAUUGGAUGUAUAUUAAUAGUUAUUACUGUAAACUAUGAAUUGAAUAGCGUCAUUAAGAACAUGAAGACAGUAGAUAAUGAGUUAUUUGACAUUUAAAAUAAAUCAAAAUGAAUAUGUAAAUACAUUAAUUUUUAUGGGAUUUACAUUGAUUGACAGUCAGAUAUGUACACAUUAAACUGAAUAGUAGUUGACAUUAAUCAUGUGAAUACAUAUUGACAAAAUUAUAAUUUCAAUCCUCUAUAAGCGAUAGAUACAAACGACUUACUAAUUUAUAUAAUUAAACCUUCUAAGGAUGAUUGAAAAUAAUUAGUUUCGUAUAUCACUUACAAUUUGACCAGUCAAGUCCUUGCUCACCAUAUCUUGGUACACUAUACUUCAACAAUAAUUCUCAACACGAUAGAAAAUAGGAGUUGGCCAGUUCACGAGAAGCAUGAUAUUCAGCAAGACAAAUUUGAAGUAAAACAACUGGAUAUAUGUAGUAAUAAUAAUACAUGGCCAUGGGACAUAAUGGAAUUAGCAAACUGGAACUGAAUAGAGUCAAUCUAUUGACAGCGUAGGUCGUUGUGUAAAAUAUAAAUUAGAAAAGUGUUGUUAAUGCAGAAAAGAACUAACAUUUAUUUACAGCAAAAACCUGAGUUAUCUGUAGACCUCAGCAUGUACAAAUAAUAUUUAAUUCUUUAUUUUGGUUCCACCUUUUAUAUUUGUGAUGUUUUGACAUUCUUAUCAAUUAAAAUAAUGUUAACAACUUGGCUUUUUUGCUAUCAAUAAUUUGAUAUGAUGGUUACUAUAAUAUGAAAUUUAGUAUUAGUCAAGUGGACUUAAUGAGUUAUUGAUAAUUACAUAAGUCCGAGAAACUUAAUUGUCACAUUACUUACUUACGCCUGUUACCCCUCAUGGAUGAGCACAGACCGCCCACCAGCAGUCUUCAACCAACUCUGUCCUGGACAAUCCUUUCCAGAUGCUAUUCAUUCUUUUGAUUUCUUCUUCGAAUCCCCGACACAAUAUGUUCCUUGGCAUUUCUCUUCCGUUUCCCUUCAGGAUCCCAGGUUAGCGCUUGUUUCGUGAUGCAGUUGUGUGAUUUCCACAAUAUAUAUCCUAUCCACUUCUAACGUCUUUCCCAAUUUCCUCCUGAGCUGGAAGCUGAUUUCUCUCCCACAGUAGGCUGUUAGUGAUGGUAUCUGGCAAUCGGAUAUUGAGUGUCUUGGGUAGACAUCUGUUUAUAAAUAGUUGUACAUUUUUUGAUGGUUGUGGUAGUUUUCAAAGUUUCAGCUCCAUACAGUAAAACUGUUUAGACGUUCGUACUGAAGAUUCUGAUUUUGAUAUUGUUUGACAGUUGUUUUUGGUUUCAUAUGUUCUUCAACUGUAGGAAUGCUGCCCUUAUUUUGCCAAUCCUUGCCUCUCCUAUGUUCAUCGAUUAUGAUGACCAGGUACGAGAAAGUUCCUACCUCUUCCAGAGUUUCUCCAUCA